AUUUUCAUUUCGUUCGGUUGAGUUAUCCAAGUUUUCCAACUUCUGAAGCAAUGGGAAAAAGACCAAGGAAACGGAAACUGGAUUCAUGUGGUGAGGCACGGGCCCUUUACAACCUUGGCAACGUGUAUCAUGCAAAGGGGAAGCACACCGGGCGAUCAGGGAACCAGGACCCCGGGGAAUUCCCUGCAGAGGUCAAGGAGUGUCUGGUCAAAGUUGCUGAAUACUAUGAGGCCAAUCUAGCGAUAGUCCAGGAGCUGGGUGACAGGGCAGCUCAAGGACGCGCCUGUGGUAACCUUGGCAACACUCACUAUCUCCUGGGAAACUUCAGUCAGGAAAUCAUCUACCAUCAGGAGAGGUUAGCAAUAGCCCGUGAGUUUGGUGACAAGUCUGCCGAGAGAGGGGCCUACAGUAACCUAGGCAAUGCCCACAUAUUCCUGGGAGUGUUUGAAGUAGCUGCUGAACACUAUAGGUGGAUUGGAGAUGAGACAGGUCAGGUGACUGCCCAGAUGAACCUUGCUGACCUCAAGUCAGUGCUGGGCAUCAAAGUGGGGCCAGACGAAGGUCACAGGCCCAGCCCCUUGGACCAUCUGGAUGUUGGAAUGUACCGACGUACCGGCGUCACCCGGCGACACAGCAUGGAACAGAUGGAGUUGAUGAAGCUCACGCCGGACAAGAAAGGAGAGACAAUCCCAGUACAUGGCGGGGCAAGACCUAAGAUACCCAAGGUGCAGAAAUCCAUGACAGUGGCCACAUCAGAGACAAUCAUAGCCAAGAAUCAGGCCCCUAUGGUUGAGACACUGUCCCCAGAAGAUGAUGGUUUCUUUGAUCUGCUGAGCAAGCUCCAAGGUCGCCGUAUCGACGAGCAGCGGUGCAGCCUCAAGUUGCCUGGGGAGAAAAAUGGACUCCUGGAGUCAGAAAACAAGGAGAACAAACCCAAACUGGUGUCCGACUCAGACAGCGAGAACUUCCUUGACAUGGUGGCAGGCAUUCAGGGGUCACGCAUGAACGACCAGCGAGCCUCACUACCACAGUUUCCAGGUCUCAACUCCCAAGCCGUUAUCAACCAAUAUCUCCGCGAGAGAAACGUUAACGACGUACCAGACGACAGCUUCUUUGAAGUGCUCAUGCGUUGUCAGGGAUCCCGGAUUGAUGAUCAGCGUAGUGCCCUACCACACAACCGCCCCGCCCCAACCGUCCCAGACGAAGAUUUCUUCGGGCUGAUCCAGAAGGUCCAGUCUAGCCGUCUGGAGGAGCAGAGAACCAGUCUACCCGAUAAGGAUGAAAUCUCGCCUCCCCAACAGGCCUCCGUGAAGAAGAAAAAGAAAUAAUGACUAGUCUAGUUUGAGUCCCAUAUGAGCGAGCAAGGAAUCAGGGGAGUAGGCUUUAAACUGGAUCAGCUUUUUAGAUGUUUUUAGAUGAAAUACUUGCGCUGAACCCUUGGAAUAUAAACUGAGUAUUUAGAUGAGAUAGUCUUGCGCUGAAACCUUGGAAUAUAAACUGAGUAUUUAGAUGAGAUAGUCUUGCGCUGAACCCUUGGAAUAUAAACUGCGUAUUUAGAUGAGAUAGUCUUGCGCUGAACCCUUGGAAUAUAAACUGCGUAUUUAGAUGAGAUAGUCUUGCGCUGAACCCUUGGAAUAUAAACUUCUACUGGGUGGAAUUGAGGGUUUUGUGCAAAGUUGUAUCAGAUAUUUAAUGUAUCAGUUAUAAUAAAAGUUUUGCUCUGAAAUUCUGUGAGAUAUUGACUGCUACUGGUCAGAAGUUCUGCAUGGAGAUAUUGAGAUUGGACGAACGGAAUGAUUUGGUCCAUGGGACUCUGACUUGAAAGCCUUUGUGUGUUCACUAGGUAGGCUGCUAAAUAUGGCUAUUGCUGAUAUUUCUUCUACACAAUCUGUCCAUUCACAUUCUACCUGAUUGUGAGUACCUCCAUUCUACAAAACGGUUCUACUGGUGGAAGAUGUUGUGGAGUUUCAACAUUUUUCAUAGAUCUCAAUUUCGCACUGCAAAUCCCUUUUCAGACUCAUGUUGAUUGAUGACUCAUGAAGACUUCAAUUUGAAUAUGGAAAUCACGAAGAAAACACGCUGCUUUUAAUAAGUUUAAUAUGUUGGUAAAGUUUGUGUUAGAAUUUCACUUGGAAAUUCAAAUGUUUCUAAGUUUUUAUGCCCCCCUUCAAAGAAGAGGGGGUAUAUUGUUUUGCCCAUGUCGGUCGGUCGGUCCGUAAGUCCGUCGGUCCGUCCACCAGAUGGUUUCCGGAUGAUAAGUCAAGAACGCUUAGGUCUAGAGCCUUGAAACUUCAUACAUAGAUUGAUCAUGACUAGCAGAUGACCCCUAUUUAUUUUCAGGUCACUAGGUCAAAGGUCAAGGUCACAGUGACUCGAAAUAGUAAAAUGGUUUCCGGAUGAUAACUCAAGAAUGCUUAGGUCUAGGAUCAUGAAACUUUAUAGGUACAUUGAUCAUGACUAGCAGAUGACCCCUAUUGAUUUUCAGGUCACUUGGUCAAAGGUCAAGGUCACAGUGAUUCUAAACAGUGAAAUGGUUUACGGAUCAUAACUCAAGAAUGCUUACGCCUAGUUUUGUUUUGUUUUUCUCUUUUGUAUCCUUUAUAUGUAAAAUGAAACAGGGUUUUGCUCAAAAGAAGCCCCUUUGUAUUUAUUGUUUUAUAUCCAACUUUCCCAUAAAACAAUUGAAAUUAGCUUUUAAUCAAUUGCAGAGUAAGUAUCGUAAGAAUUAUAUUAGUAAUUGUUACAAUAUAAUAACAGUGUUUUCAAGUACUAAUGUAGGUCUGUGUUAGGUUAUUAUUUAUGCCCCCCUUCGAAGAAGAGGGGGUAUAUUGUUUUGCACAUGUCGGUCUGUCUAUCUGUAUGUAUGUAUGUAUGUCCGUCCAUCAGAUGGUUUCCGGAUGAUAACUCAAGAAUACGCCUAGGAUCAUGAAACUUCAUAGGUAGAUUGAUCAUGACUCGCACAUGACCCCUAUUGAUUUUGAGGUCACUAGGUCAAUGUCACGGUGACCCGAAAUUAUAGUAAAAUGGUUUCCGGAUGAUUACUCAAGAACGCAUUCGCCUAGGAUCAUGAAACCUCAUCGUUAGAUAGAUAAUGACUCGCAGAUAACCCCUAUUGAUUUUGAGGUCACUAGGUCAAAGGUUACGGUGGCCCAAAAUAGUAAAAUGGUUUUCGGAUGAUACACAAGAACGCUUACGCCUAGGAUCAUGAAACUUCAUAGGUACAUUGAUCAUGACUCGCAGAUGACCCAUAUUGAUUUUCAGGUCAAAGGUCAAGGUCACGGUGACCCGAAACAGUAAAAUUGAUUCCGGAUGAUAACUCAAGAACGCUUUUGCCUAGGAUCAUGACACUUCAUAGGUACAUUGAUCAUGACUCGCAGAUGACCCCUAUUGAUUUUCAGGUCACUAGGUCAAAGGUCAAUGUCACAGUGACAAAAAACGUAUUCACACAAUGGCUGCCACUACAACGGACAGCCCAUAUGGGGGGCAUGCAUGUUUUUCAAACAGCCCUUGUUGCAAUCAAAUUCUAUGUAACGUUCAUUUAUCAUGUAAUACCCAUAAUCUAUCAGUCAUCAUUCAUAUUCUGUUAUGCCAUUUGGGCAUCUAGGUUUUGAGUGUUAUACUUAUGUAACAGCAUCACAUUUCAUUAUCACAUCACAUUACAUCUGUAGUGCACUCAAACAUUGUAAUGCAAAACAUACGUUUAGACGUAGUGUUUGAAGUGACUCGUCUUGUUUGUUUUUCGGUAGAUAUGUCUUGGAUUUGAAUCAGAGAGUUUAUAACGUACAUUGUAUUACGCAAAGUAUUAUGCCCCGAACUUUCAAUAAAAAAUUCUAAAGAGCUUUGUGAAUGCCUGCCCAGAGUCAAGAGUUGUCUCCCUUGUGAUGAAAGAGAAAUUAUUUUGUUGGACAAUUCUGAUAUCCUGCCUACUUUCAGUGGCCAUUGCACACUGCCUCUAGUGUAUGUAUGCUAUAAUGAGUCUUCUGUUAACGCUUUCCCAUUUAGAAGCUAAGUGAAAAUGGCUAUGUGCAAACAGCAUAAAACCAAACCAGCCUGCUAGUAACUUGCAGACUGUUCAGGUUUUAUGCUGUUUGCAGCUCAUCAGGGUCGGAACUGAAACCUUUUAAACUUGGAUCUAGUAAAAAGGCCAUCAAUUAAAUUUAACUUUCUUAGGGACUACAAAUGCGUUAAAAUACGUAAAAGUGGUAAGGGCUAACAUUGUAUUAAAAUUUUAGGUAUUUCGAAAUGUGAUGUUGUUUUUUUUCAUAUAUGAACUUGUGUACAUAAUUCUGCUGAAUACCCUAAAACACAGUUCAAUUUAGGCGGGCAUUACAAAAUGGUGAACAAUUUCUUAACACAAUACUUAUACAUGUAUACGUGUACAACUUAAACUUGAACUGGCGUUAGAUCACUGCUUUUGUAUCUUAAAGUAAUUGAUUAACAUACUUAAAACAUGUAAUUAAGUAACAGUUGUUUUGUAACUUGGAUGAUCAUUAAAAUUAUGCACUAUAAUUAAAAUAAAAUGUAGAUGUGUUUAAUGUACAAUUAAUAAUUAGUUAUAUAAAAUAAUUAAUUCAUAAUAUUAAUGUUAUGUUUUUAGUGAUUGUAAUAAUUAAACUGUGUAUUGAUAUCAUACUGUUUAAUAUAGGGCAGCAGUACAUUGCCAAAUAUUUUUGAUAUAUAUUCAUUAAUGAGCGCAUUAUUUUUAGACAAAAAAAAACCCACACAUAUUUCAAUGUUAUUUUUUUAUGUUUCACCAAAAAGCCAAAAUAAGCCAGGCUCCAUGUUUUGAUAUAAUGUUAAUUAAGCCUUUCACACUCGGAGGCAAAGCUAAAAUGGCAAUGCGCAAACAGCAUAAACCCAUAACAGCCUGUGAGUAACUUGCAGUCUGUUCAGGGAUUAAUUCUGUUUGCUGCUCAUCAGUAUCUAAGGGUUGAAAUUGACGCCUUUCAAACUUUACUCGCAGGCUGUUCUGGAUUUAUGCUGUUUGCACAUAGCCAUUAUAGCUUUGCCUCUGACACACCAGCUUUCUGGGAAAACAAAUAUGUCUCGAAAAGACUUUCAGCAGAGAAUAUUGGAAGUUGCAACUAUGUUUGAGAUUGGAUUCUCUUUUGGGUUAGGAAAGGUAAAAAAUGUAUCAAAUUUAAAGUGACUUUGCUCUGUUGAUUAUAACACAUGAAAUAUGAACUAUAAAUCAUUUUAACCUAUAAACACAGGUACUAAUAUUUCCUAAUUGUGUUGUUUGCCAGGAGCUGACUAACAGAUUCUUGUUCUGACACAUUAAAAAAAAACUUUGAGGUUUGAUAACUUUACAUCAGAAACUUUCUUGUAAUGUAUUUGUAAAUAAACAAAUAUAAAUCUAA